GUGUCCGAUGUUUGUAUGAUAAUCAUAAGUUAUAACCGUGUUUUUGCCUUUUCCAGUAAGUAUUUGCAGAACGAUCCUGCGAAGCCUUCGCAGCUUAGCUUCGACAGAUGUCGGUUCAACGAAUCGAGCUGUUACACGUCCGAGCACAGCGAGCAGUUUAUUAUCGCUGUAUACAACCACUUAGCUUGGGAAGUGACUGAGGCCAUAAGGAUUCCUGUUAUGGAAGGAAAUUAUGAAGUUUACGCUCCGAAUGGUGAUAAGAUCACAUCGCAGCUAGUCGACAUACCUGUUGUGGUCCAAUCAAUACCCACUCGCAAAUCGGGGGCAACACACGAAAUCUUCUUCAUCGCCAAACUCCACCCAGUCUCAUACAAAACAUUCUACAUAAGAAAAACCAAUCGUAACAAACGCUCAGCUUACGACGUUAAAAAUCCUAAUGACUAUGAAUAUUGGAGCGAUGUCAAAGAAAGGGCUGUGAUUGAUAUUGCAAACCUAGACGAGGCGAAGCAUGGGAAAACUGUAUUCACGCCUAUAUACGAGUCUAGACGUAAUAAUAUAAACGUAUUCGACGAUUCCAUAAUAGACGACGAUGUUGAUAGAACAAAAGAGAUCGAUCAAUUGGUUCAAAUUAUUCAAGAACACAAGAAAAAGAAACUCAACCAAGUCAAGUUGAGGACGGCUAUUGAUGACGACAUGAAGAUGUUAGGUGAUGAUCCGAUGGUGGUUAACAGUUAUUCUGAUAAUUCUUAUUUGGAGAAUGAGCACAUUAAACUCCACGUCAGCCCCAAUGGAGAAAUAACCCGCUUGACUCGAAAGGAUGGCACAGAAAUACAAUUUGCCGUCCAGUUCUCGUACUACCCCGGUGCUCUAGGAAACAAUGCAGUCCCAACAAACCGCAGCUCAGGGGCUUAUAUAUUUAGACCUAACGGUACUGAGUCUAUAUCAUUGAAAUUCAACACUUCUGAAGGUCCUUCAGGGCCUGUUGUGAAAGAAUUGAGGAUAAAUGUUGCUGAAAAUGUCCAUAGUACUUUUAGGUUAUACGAUGGGCUUAACUUCUUGGAGACAGAAUGGGUCGUUGGUCCUAUAGAUGUUAGUGAUGAUAUAGGGAAGGAGUUCGUUGUCAAAUAUUUGACAGAUUUGGCUAAUAAUGGGGAGUUUUACACGGAUUCUAAUGGUCGACAGGCUAUGAAAAGAAAACUAAAUAUGAGACCUCAAUGGGACUUGACUGUAGAAGAACCAAUAGCUGGAAAUUAUUAUCCUAUUACCAACAAAAUUUACAUAAACGAUGAGAAACAUAAAUUUGCAGUUCUGACAGAUAGAGCUCAAGGUGGUACUUCGCUUUCUGAAGGCGAAGUUGAAAUUAUGUUACAUAGAAGGCUGUUACAUGAUGACGCGUUUGGAGUAGGAGAAGCACUAAAUGAAGAAGCCAAUGGAAAGGGUUUGGUUGUAAGAGGUAGACAUAGAUUGUUUUUGUCUGAAGCAGAGAGCAAAGUUGAUUGCAUGGAAGAAAAGAAGCAGGUUUUGCAGUUCCAUUUGCAACCUAUAGUUCUGAUAGCUGAUGCAACUAAAUUCAGUCUGCAAGAUUGGUUGCAGUUGCCUAGCAAGGCGUUCUCUUGGGCUAAUAGUUUGCCCAAAGGUGUGCAUUUGCUAACUGUUGAGCCUUGGGGAAAGAAGUCUUUAUUAUUGAGGCUGGAAAACUAUUUGGAGAUCGGAGAUCAGGAGAACACUACAGUAGAGGUCAAUCUAGAUGCGAUAUUUAAAGGUCUCACAGUCAAACGUGCGAGCGAAACGAUGUUAGCUGCCAAUUUAUGGGUAGAUGAAAAGAGGAAGUGGUCUUGGAAUAAAGAGAACGGAUUUUCAGUGAACUUUAAUGAAGAAUAUGGAGAACUUAACAAUGUGGAAAAGUCUAAUGACGAAGACGAAGAUAUUCAUGACGACGGCUUGUUGAUUCGUCUUAAGGCGAAGCAAAUUAAAACUUACGUUGUUGAUUUUAAUUAUAAUUAAAUACAUUGUAAAGUGCUACUUUUUGCGUUAAAUAAAAAACGACCAAACGCUAUCACAUUGAAACAAGUCACAAGAGCCCUUAAUAACUGCAACUUAUAUCGGUUUUUAGCCCAAUAAAAGAUGGUCAAAUUAUGUACUGUAUUCUUUAAUUACUAUUACACUGUUAAAGAAAUUUAAUAAAAAGAAAUUUGUAAGACAAAACAGAACGUUCGUUCCGUGAAGCUAGCAAAUAAAUAAUCAGAAAUAGAGGCGAAAUAAGUGCCGUCUAUCCCUGACAACUCACCAGGCAAAUGGGCCUUACAUCACUUUUAAAUAUCAACUCUCGUUUGCGCUGAAAUCACAAAUUAGAAAGCUGAAAUAGUACAGCGCCAAUAACGUACGCCCAAAAAUAUUCUGUAUUUA